AUGGGCAGGCCCGCCUUCCGGUUCGCCGGCUCGGUAAACCCGGGCUCGACAAGGCUCAGCCCUGUCUCCGCGCCGCUGGUGUCGGAAAAGGAAUUGGAGAACCCGCAGUUCCUCGGCCAAGGUGGAUUCGGCGCAGUGUUCCGGGCGCACCAUAGGACGUGGGGCUAUGAUGUAGCGGUCAAGAUCGUAGAUUCGAAGGCGGUAUUACGGGAAGUGAAGACCAUGGCUGAUCUGCGAAACAAUUAUGUGCUGCUCCUGUUAGGCGUUACUGACACACUGGAGUUGGAGAAUGUGUCAGGGCCGGCUUUGGUGACUCCGUUCAUGGAGAAUGGCUCCCUGUCCGGGAUGCUGCAGCCCCAGUGCCCUCAGCCCUGGCCACUCCUCUGCCGCCUACUUCAUGAAGUUGUGCUUGGGAUGUGUUACCUGCACAGCUUGAACCUGCUACACCGAGACCUCAAACCCUCCAACGUCCUGCUGGAUCAAGAGCUGCACGCCAAGCUGGCAGAUUUUGGCUUGUCAACAUUUCAGGGGGUGUCAGGAUCAAAGACAGGGUUCAGUGAGCCAUGGGGCACCCUAAACUACUUGGCCCCAGAACUAUUGGCUGAUGUAAACCAGAGGGCCUCCAAGGACAGUGAUGUCUACAGCUUUGGGAUCUUAAUGUGGGCAGUGCUAGCUGGAAGAGAAGCUGAGAUAGUGGUCCAGACAUCACUGGCACAGGUAGCAGUGUGUGAGAAUCAGGACCGGCCCCCUUUGACAGAGCUAUGUGAGCCAGGGCCCAACACUCCUGGCUUAAAAGUGUUGAAGAAGCUAAUGCAGCACUGCUGGAGCCAUGAGCCCAAAGACAGGCCCUCCUUCCAGGACUGUCGAUCAAAAACCUGUGAAGUCGUCUCUCUGGUCAAGGGAAAGAUGGAUGAUGCUGUCUCUAUGGUAAAGAAGUUUCUUUCUGAGCACAGGGGAAGCAAUAGAAAGAUGUCUGCCACAGAGCCAGGCUCAAGAGAGACAGAAAUGGAUGACCAGUGCUCUUGGAAUGAUUCCACAGUCUCUGAGAACCUGAAUAACCUACACCUGGAAGAGUACCCUAGCUCUGUUCCUAAAAACUGGACAAGGCUUACUGAGAAGAUCAACAUGCAGGGAGAGCAGGUCCAGGGCACCAAGAUAGCAGAGGCACUUUCAGAUUCAACUGUCCAAUAUGAAACACCAAAUUCCUCACCUUUCAGAAGCCAGGUACCCAACUCUACCUCAGCUUGGGUCCCAGGACCCAGGACCCAAGGGAAUCAGGGGGCUGAGAGAUAUGGCAAGAACUGGCCCCACGGGAUCUCAGGGCCAAAUCCAAUAUCAGGACAACCAUCUAUUGUCCUAGAGGGGUGCCAAGCAGUGCAGAUUGGAAACCACAACUACAUGAACAUACAAGCCAGACCUACCCUGUCCAUGGAGGGCCCAGCACCUCCCAGCCUGGUUAGGGGCUGGCAGAAGCCCCCAAGAGUAGGUUCUGAAGAAGGGCCUGAAGACCCUGAGCUGGAUAAAAUAGUGUGA